CAGCAAAAAAUAAUCACAUUUGAAAAAACGACUACUUAUUAACAAAAAACGCAAUUUUUCUUGCACUUAUCUUCUUUUAGAUGUACAGGUUCUUAUAUGUUAGCCAUUUAACUCUUCUGACUCCGGUUCUUCUUCGGGAUCAGAAUCCUCCGCUGCUGGUCCUGGAACAAGAUCAUUUAACAUUAUUUUUGCAAAGUUUAAGCAAAUCUGUGUUGAUAUUGGUCUAUAUUCUUUAUAUGCAUUCGUUAUUUCAGUUUGGUUUGGCUGUAUAGGUCGACCUUUACCCAAACCGUUUAUUUCCAUAUAAUCGGAUGUAUGAUCGUACCUAUACUGUAAUAUAAAAUGCUUGGAUUUAGUGUACUUAAAACACUUCACUUUGAGCCAAUACACUUUUUCGCCCUUGGUGUUCUUCAAUUUGUUUUUUAUUAGAGUUUUCGAUAAAUUUUCUAAAUUGGAAAAAUCAUAUUUUAACUCCAUUAUAAGGUUUUUUAUUCGACUUUGACGUUGUGGCCAUGCGGAAAAUUGUCAACCAGUCUUGAAUUGUAUAAACAGGAAGGAACUUCUGCGCCUUCUCAAUCGCACUGCGCAUAGUGUCGACUUCCAUGUAGCUGUGUCCGGUUUCUAAAAACUUUUGCUCUAUUACUUGUAUGUUUGAAUUAAUUUGGACCACGUACAGCAGAAGAGCGCUAAUAUUUUGGUUGCGAUUUUGACCACUGCAUGUGUCGGAAAACAACGAUAGUUUGGUGCUAUCAGAAGAUAGCUGAUUUAUGUAAUUGUAUAAGCAGGUGCCAAUUUCUGAACUGCCUUUCUUUCCAUUUAGCUCUGUCCACACAUAGCAAAAUGCUGAGUUAGGAGGAGCCAAUUCGUAAACUGUUUUUGCAAACUUCAAAACGUUGUUCAGUGGUCAUAUUAUCCGAACACCUAAACCGGCAUUUCGUGCAAUCGACGCGUUUAGGAGCCUUCUCCUCAAUUCUUUGACGCUUAACUAGAUUUUUUCCACCGAUUGGGAUUAGACUUUUUCCAUCGACUUGUUCUUGUAACAGCAGAUAUCAUGUCAAUAUCAUUAUUAUUCAUUGGAGGAUCGUCUGCAACAAAAAAGUACUGUAAUAUUACUCUUUGUGAAUGAAUAUUGAACUUACCCUCGUCUGAGUCGUACUCUGAAGCUGAAGAUUCUGGAACAUAGUCCUUAUCCUUUAUGGAACAGUCCGAAUCUCCACACAUGUCGUCCAAUUCCGCAAGAAUCUGUUCUUAUUCUGAAUUCAGAGUCGACGACAAAUCGUUUCUAUCAUUUUUUUUUUCACCAGAUGGGCCCGCUACUUCAUUUGGAUGAUUUUCUCCCAGUCUGCUUCUGGUAAAUUUAAAUUUUCCCCACUUUCGCCUAAUGCACCAACAAAAACAGAAAAAUAAUAUGGGUGCACUGUUCUUAUGUGAAAUAUCUUUCACGUCUUUUGUACUUCUAGGAUCACAAGCAAAAUGAACAAUCGGUAAUAUUAUUCCUCAACUCAAAUUUAGAAAUAUCUAGCAUUGCCGAUUAUUGUUCUGCGUUGAAACUAGGCUACUCGAUGCUCAAUGGCCCGACAAAAAUACAGCGUGCAAAUUACAUAGUUAAAACUCCACCAAAAUUGAGUAAAACCUUACCUGCAGCUGGUUCUUUACCAGUGGCCACCAUAAUAAGAUACAUGCCACGAGACAAUAUGCUUUCGAACUAUGUAUUUCACUAGAACUCGUUAUAAACUACUUAGAAAUGCCGGAAUAUACACUGCGUAUUACCACGUGUAUAAGCAGUUUUCAGGUUAUGUUUGCUAUGAUAUAUUGCCAAAACAAGACAAGUGCGUGUUUAAUACAACUAUCACACAGACAGAUAACAUAAUGUGUACAAGCAAAACAAGAUAACUACCACAUAUAUGAAGAAAUCCUUGAUUCACACCGGUACAGCAAAUACCCGACAAGUGGUACUUAUCUCAUUCUGACUCUAAAAUUCUUAUAUUAGCACUGAAACACAACUGUCAAAAUCAGAUAAGUGCCUUAUGACUUAUUUUCGCUGUAAAGAAACUAGCAAUCUUAUACUAUAAUUCGAACGUCGUUAAUCGCAAGUGCACAUGUCUUGUUGUAGCUGUACUUAAGUGUCUCAUAUUGAAUUUAGUCUAUUUUUGACACAUGCGAACAACACUCUUCCGUACAAUAUGAAGAUAUCUGGUUUUGGCACAACAUAAAUUGUACCAUUUUGGUUGCAAAAGUGCACUUAACUCAAAAAUGCUAAAAAUGUACUUAUCUUGUUUUGGAAGUAAGCCGACGAUUGUAGCCAUCCUUCUACGUGAAUUCACAUUAGUUUCUUGUGAAGCUGAAAUUUUAGAAGCAAAGCUGUAACAUCUUUGGGAGUCAGCCUACAUAAUAAUAUAAUAAAACGACUUAAUUUGUGAUCAACAUAAAAAGGUUUAUUUAUACGACUAUUCAAUCAGCUUAAAAGUUAUACAUUCCAAAAAUACAAAAGAUUUUUAAGAAAAAUGCCCAAAAUGAGUUGAUAUUUCUAUUAUUAUAGUUUAUUUUAUAAUAAACAUAAUAUAGUUUAAAUCGUUAAGCAUAUCUCAGUAAGAAUCCAGGAAAUGUUGAACGAGAUCCCAUACGAGCAUGUUUAUGUUAUGUUAUUCAAUGUAGUAAUGUACCACGAGUUUUUCAUUCUAGUUUAUGAAUGUGAUUGAUAUAUUUUAUCCAAUUCUGUGCAGAACAAUUCAACCGGUUAUCCUGGACCAGAAUUACAUUCAUCUAAAGAACCUCAUUAUCAAAGCUGAACGGAGGAUACUCAAGGAGCUAGGGUUUUGCGUUCAUAUAAAACAUCCUCACAAGAUAAUUGUAAUGUACUUACAAGUGUUGGGAUACCAUAAUCACCAGAAGCUGAUGCAGUAUUCAUGGAACUACAUGAACGACUCGUUGAGGACGGACGUAUUCGUGAGGUACCAACCAGAAACCGUUGCGUGUGCUUGCAUUUACUUGACUGCUAGGAAGCUGAAGUUACCCUUGCCAAAGAAUCCCGCCUGGUAUACAAUCUUUGGAGCUGUAGAAGAAGAAAUCCGUGAUAUCAGCCUAAGGAUACUGAGGUUGUAUUGUAGGCCGAAGCCCGAAAUAGAAGCACUUGAGAAGAAAGUGGAGGAUUUGUGUAGACAAUAUCAAGAAGCGAAAGCUAAAGUGCGUGGUUCUGGGAAUAAUACGCCUAAUGACAACAGCCCACGUCAAAAAACUACUGGCGCGCAUAACGCUUGGGGAGGGUUCAUAAGUCGAUCAGGCAGCCACACAGCCCCACCACCAAUCACAGAGAAGCGGUCUCGGUCGAGAUCCGUCACUCGCACCCCAGAAAACAAACACAGGAAGAAGUCGAAGAAGCACAGGUCGAGGAGCAGGUCGCCGAGUAGGAACUACAAGAAAAGCCACAAGAGGAAAAGCUACUCAAGAUCCAGAAGCAAUUCGCCUCACUCGAAAACGAGAAAACGGAGGGUGCAAGCAUGGUGUAGCUCUGAUGUUUUGGCUACGACGUUCUACAGAACCUUCUGUAACAAGUGUUGAGUGCUACUGGCGAAAACCAACUUUAGCAAAAGUAGGUUCUUCAUUGAAAGCAGCAAAAUUGAUCGAGCUAUUUAAGAAUGUUCCCUAGUUGCAUCACACAAUAAUUCUUUCUUAAAAAAACUACUAGAAAAAGGAUUAGAAAACAAAAGCUAGUGUAUUUUAUUUGAGUACUACAAAACUGAAGAGAAUGCUAUUGAUAAAGUAUCCCUAUCAUUCAAUAAAUAAAUUUAUAAGAAACAUUAGCAGCAUCACUGCUGGAAAUGUUAUUCAGUGUUGUCAGUAUCCAAUCCAAUACUGGUACAUGGUUUGAGAUAAGGUAUGCAGAUAUUACUGCAUCGAAGUUUUAUGAAGCAGCACAGAGUACAACAUAUGAUGAAUGUUUAGUGGAGUCAAUUUUGGGCGCUGCAAAAUUCAAGUCCUCAAAGGCUAUGAAGAGGGGAUUAUGAUUAAAGGAUGAAGUAUUGAAGGUUGUGGCAAGAAAGAAGCUAAUAAAAGUAUGAUUAUUUGUAGAUAAGAGAUUUCCUAUAUUUGGAGCUAGCAGUGAUGCCGUAAAUGCUGAGUUUUGUAUUGA